AUGGGUAGCCUCAACCCACGAGAAAGCAAUAUUAAUUCCUCCCCCACAAACAUGCCUAGCGCUCUGGACCCUGUGGAAUUCAAGAGGCAAGGCCACAUGAUGGUAGACUUCAUAGCAGAUUACUACCAAAAUAUAGAGAAGUACCCAGUCCUAAGUCAAGUUGAACCGGGUUAUCUCCGGAAGUGCUUGCCGGAGUCUGCCCCAGCUAACCCAGAGCCCAUUGAAUCCAUCCUCCAAGAUGUGCAGAAUCACAUUGUGCCUGGCCUGACACAUUGGCAAAGUCCUAGCUUCUUUGCAUACUUUGCUUCAAAUGUUAGCAUUGCUGGGUUUCUUGGUGAACUGCUUUGCACUGGAUUCAACGUGAUGGGAUUCAGUUGGGUAUCAUCACCAGCUGUAACUGAGCUCGAAAGCAUUGUCAUGGAUUGGCUUGGAAACCUGCUGACACUUCCCAAGUCUUUCCUUUUCUCUGGCAAUGGUGGCGGUGUAAUACAUGGUAGUACUUGUGAGGCCAUUAUUUGCACCAUGGUAGCUGCCAGGGAUCAAAUGCUAAGGCAAAUUGGUCUAGACAACAUGCAGAAGCUAGUUGUGUACGGGUCAGAUCAAACACACAGUGCACUUCAAAAAGCUUGCCAAAUUGUUGGUAUCAACCCAAACAAUUUCCGGGUCAUCAAAACUACAAAGUCAACAUCAUUUGCCUUAUCACCUGAAUCCUUAAAAUUGGCAAUUUCUUCAGAUGUUGAAGCUGGGCUAGUGCCAUUGUUUCUAUGUGCUACCGUUGGUACAACUGCGACCGCUGCGGUUGAUCCACUGGACUCACUAUGCCAAGUGGCAAAAUAUUAUGGCAUAUGGGUUCAUGUGGAUGCGGCAUAUGCAGGAAGUGCCUGCAUUUGCCCCGAAUUUCGCCAUUUCAUUGAUGGUGUUGAGGGUGCGAAUUCAUUCAGUCUUAAUGCGCACAAAUGGCUCUUCACUGCACUCGACUGUUGCUGUGUUUGGGUUAAAGAUCCAAGCACAUUAACAAGUUCACUGUCAACUAAUCCCGAGUAUUUGAGGAACAAGGCCACUGACUCAAAGCAAGUGGUGGACUACAAAGACUGGCAAAUAGCCCUAAGCCGGAGGUUCCGGGCCAUGAAACUAUGGCUUGUGCUUAAGAGCUAUGGCUCUGUUAACCUCAGGAACUUUCUUAGGAGCCACGUCAAAAUGGCCACGCUUUUUGAAGAGCUUGUUUCCACGGACAGAAGGUUUGAGGUUGUGGUGCCUAGGGUUUUCUCCAUGGUUUGUUUUAGGGUUUCACCGUCUGCUGCAAUAAUAAUUAGUGAUGAUGAGAUUAAUGUCGAAAACCGUAUAGACGAGGUUAAUCGAAAGUUACUGGAGGGCAUCAAUGCAUCAGGUCAUGUGUUCAUGACUCACGCUGUGGUUGGAGGUAUGUAUGUGAUACGGUGCGCAAUUGGUGUAACGCUGACAGAAGAAAAACACAUAGCGAUGGCCUGGAAGUUGGUUCAGGAGCAUGCAGAUGCCAUCCUCAUGAAAAAUUAUAUAUAA